CAUGCUUAUUGGGGUUGUCUUAGAAACAAUGCAUGCAGCACAAUGGAAUCACUUUCUGUUUAUCACGGGGCCAUCAGCCGAGACAUGUGUGAGAGACGCUUGUGUGAAGCAGGUAAAGAUGGGAGCUAUUUAAUUCGAGACAGUGAGAGUGUGCCUGGAGCGUACUGCCUCUGUGUUCUAUGUAAAGGUUUUGUCUACACAUACAGACUUCAGCAGGACACAGCAGGCUCAUGGGCAGCAGAGGGUCGCGGGGGGCUGGAGCCUAUCCCAGCUAACAUUGGGCGAAAGGCGGGGGACACCCUGGACAGGUCGCCAGUCAUUAAAACAGCACCUGGUCAAAAUAAACGUUUGUUCCGGAAAGUCAAGAAUUUGAUAACUGCAUUUGAGAAACCAGACCAGGGCAUUGCAGUUCCCUUGCUCUACCCCGUAACGGUCCAGAAGUUCGGCCAGAAUAUUCCCCAUUAGCAGCCUUAAACCAACAAUACAAAAUACAAUAUGUUGAUAAUUUCAUUGUACAAUCAUGACAUGUUAUGACCUUUCAUUAUAACACAUGUGGCUUUAUACAUAAAUUAAACUAUUCUGCCUAGAUGGUGGGUGAACAUAUCUGGUCAAUGACCAUGUAAAGUUGUUAAUUUUCUAAAUGAAAAAUCGAAUUUUCAUUUAAAUGAAAAUGUAUUUUUUCUUACAUUUACUGCUGCAAUAUUUGUGCUUUCAAUUAAAUUAAACAAGACAUAAGGAAGAAAAUACUUAUAUAUCAUCAUAACAUCAGCAAAUCAACUCUCAAAAUCUCAUGUGUCAUGUAAUCUCAAUAUAAAAGAAACAUUCUUAAAAUUGGAAGUAUUCAUUUCAUGUUUUAGAUAUCAUUCAGUGAAUGAUGAUCAUUCAGUAUUUAAAACCCUGUUUUCUUGGAUCAAAAGUGAUGUACUAACUAAAAUGUAAUAGAAUCAAUAGGUCUGGUCAGUGAUGUCAUACAACAUUAAAUCAAUCAGAAGAGCACAUUCAUCCACAGGAAGAACAACACAUCUAGAAACUCAAUGUUCCUUUCAUGUUGAUUAUGAGGAGUAAAUUCAACAUUAACAGUCUGUUUACAGUGAUUUCUGUGCUCUGGGGAUAUUUCUGGUUUCAGAUGUUUACAUGGAGACUGAAUUGUCUUUAGAGGAAAGCAAAGAAACACAUACUGUGAAUUUGUAACAAAAGCAGGAGAAGUCAAGAGAGCAGGAUCUAAGAGCAGCUUUGAUUUAUUAAGAAAAUUAGUCCAGAUACAACACUUGGAAAAUACAGGAACAAAACUAAAACUCGGGAUGUUGGUAACAGGAAAAAGUAACUAACAAAGACACAAGCAAACAUAAGGACAUUAAAUACAUUGGAACAAACAGAUAAAUGAGAAUCAGCUGGGAACAAUCAGGGCAAAAACCAGGAACAGAGACACAAGAAGGUAAACAAAACUUCAAAUUAAAAGUCUCUGAAACACCUAUCGACCUCUGGUAGCUGCUAGGGCAAAAGUCUCAGGUGUGACAACAACAAAACAU